GAAGAGAACAAGUAUUUCUAAAUAAUAUAUCACGAUAACCUGAAUGGGGCACUUUUCGGAGUUCCUUAUGAGGACGAAUGGGCAGCUUAUCAUAUUACUGGACUGACCUGUGCAUUACGUCCGCCUACCGGCCCUGGUGAUUACCGGUUGUGAGCUGUUGCAAUUACCCCUGCACCCAAGUAUUAAUCGUAAAAAAAUAGUGUGAUGCCACUUCUAUUCAAUUCAAUCCAUUGUGGCUUUUGGUUGUACAGAUUUGCUUCAAUGGUUCUUUUAAAAGAACGAGGUGUAGUUGGCAAAAACACUCAUACAACACUCUCUGAGCCGAACUAUAGAGACGAAAUAAUGUGAAAACUACCACCAGGAUUGAAAACCUGGUUGCUGAAUCGAUUGCAGAAAAUAAAAAUAUUAAGGCAAUGAUGGCAGCUCUAAUGUCUAGGCUUAGGCCUAGAUCAAGAUCGAACUUCGAACAGAACAUCUCGUGUUCGAUGCUGAAUAUACAGACACGAAGAAUAUACAGCCCUCAAUUUCUAGUUGGUUGUUUUGCUGUUUUUGUUGUCUACUGUAUGUUCAUAAUAAUUUCAACUUCUGCAAUUUUUGAAGAAGAAAUUAAUUUGAAUGCACCAAAUAUUCAAACAGCAAAUACAUUUCCAUGGGAACAAGACGAUGCUGAGAAGAUAGUUUAUAGAAGAUUUACAAAAACGAAGCAAAUGGUUAUACCUGAUAAUAAGAAUGAAAACAAAAUUCAAAGGAAAGAUAAAUUUAUGAUGGAACAGCCUCAAGUACAGAAUUCACGAAAAGAUACCCAAGAUACAUUUAUGAUGGAACAGUCUGAAGUACAGAAAUUACGAAAGGAUACACUGAACGAAGUCUGUCAAAAGAAUCCAAAAUUGCAAUCAGGAGAUAUUUCACAUGAUACUCUGCGACAUAUAUAUGUACACGAAUCAACAAAAGUAUUAUACUGUUUUGUACCAAAAGUGGCUUGUAGCAAUUGGAAACGAGUCCUGAUGGUCAUCAGUGGUCACAGAAAAUCAAUUGAAGAAAUUACAUCGAAAGAAGCUCAUUUCAAAAACGGAAUGAAACGACUCGUUGGUUACAGUACGACAGAGAGAGAUGAAAUGCUUCGUUCAUAUAAAAAAUUCAUGUUCGCUAGAAAUCCGUUCGUACGAAUCCUCUCAGCUUACAAAAACAAGUAUCAGGACACCGCAAUGUACAAGAAAGAGACAUAUUUUCAUAUAUUCGCCAAACGUAUUAUGAAAAAAUAUCGAAAGAACCCAUCUGAACAUGAUCUGAAGACGGGCGAAGGAAUUACAUGGACUGAAUUCGCCCAGUACCUUGCAGACCCUAGUCAAUAUAGAGGAUUUGAUGACCACUGGGAAGAGAUAUAUAGACUUUGUUCACCUUGUAAAGUUGAGUAUGACUUCAUUGGCAAACUAGAAACAAUCAGCGAUGAUGCAAAAUACAUCCUGAAAUCUUUAAAUGUCGAUGAUAAGGUUUCAUAUCCAGCAAGAGCUAACAGUCACCCAACAAAUAGUACACAAGAAUUUGAUAAUUAUUAUGGAAAAUUAGACUCGAGUAUAUUGCAACGCUUGUGGGAAAUAUAUGAAUUGGAUUUUAAACUAUUUGGCUAUAAGAAGCCAAACAUAUUAAAUUAGCAACCAGUGUCACUGAAAGGCACAUAACAUGAUACCAUCAUACAUCACCCCCAUUGUACCUAUAAUUAAUAUUGCGAAAGGUACGCUCUCUGGCAGCAGCCAAAACAUCUCUAAGCCAGCCCACUGGACUCUACGAUAGGUAAGGGUACACCCAAAAACAUUGGCCCAUAUAGGUGUUCUAUAACUUUGAUUGGCAACUCGCACCUCCGGCAAAAAUAUUCUGGAUCUGCCCCUUUCAAAAGAGAUGAGAUAAAAACAUUAUUACUGUCCUUACUACAAUAAGAUGUAUGUGUGUAAUGUAUGUAAUGAAUAGAGAUCUGCAUUUAAAAGCCAUGCUCCGGAGGAAAAAAAAUGACCAUAUGUUGUAAAACUCAUUUUUCUAAGACACAAAAAGCAUAUUUGAUUACGAACUCGGGAGCGGUUAAUUAGAAAGAUUUUAGAAUAUUAAAAAAACUUGGGGAAAAGGGGCAUAACCACCCUCUAUUUACCUUUUCCCACCAGUUUUUAAAUGUUCAAAAAUCUGUUGAAUUUUUCGUCAAAUAUGCUUUUUGUGUCUUAGAAAAAUCAGUUUUUCUAAGAGCCUCUGGAGCGUGGCUUUAACAUUACUUCCUAAUACCAUCUGUGGUGAAGUCAAACAAUAAAUAAAAAAAAUUGAAUUGCUCAUUAUCAAGUUAAUAAUGAGAUAAUUUUUCCAAUUGCUUUGCUUAACACUGUGUAUCAGUAAUUAAUGUGUGGUCAAUAAAUCAACAUUAUUUUUUGAAACAAGUACAAGAUAACUUUUAUUAUGUGAUCAUUCCAUACGGUUCAUGUAUUGCAAAUGGAACAAUAUAGGACAUUAGCUAAAAGAUACUGAUGCGCAUGGCUUUGUUCAUAGGAACUACAUUAUCCAAACAUGUGUAGUCUUUUACAUUGUAAAUAAACUUAUUCAUGUUAUUGUUAA